AUGAAGCGUCAAAACGUACGCACAUUAGCUCUCAUCGUGUGCACCUUCACUUACCUUCUUCUGGGGGCGGCCAUCUUCGAUGCCCUGGAGUCGGAAAUGGAGGGUCACGAGAGGCAACGGCUGCAAGAGCAGGAGCUAGUCUGGCGCAACAAGUACAACAUAACCACUGAGGAUUUUGAGAAGAUCACUCAGCUCGGAAUACAAUUAAAGCCCUACAAAGCUGGAACUCAGUGGAAAUUCGCCGGUGCCUUCUACUUUGCCACGACUGUCAUUACGACUAUUGGUUAUGGACACUGCACGCCAAAAACGGUUGGUGGCAAGAUAUUCUGCAUGCUUUACGCCCUGCCUGGAAUCCCCCUCUGCAUCGUCAUGUUCCAAAGCAUCGGCGAACGUAUGAACACCCUUGUUACGUGCCUACUUCGACGUUUGAAGUCCCUCCUCAAGUGCCAAAAUAAGGUCGUCUCCCAGACUCACCUGAUCCUUUUCAGUGCCAAUGUCGGAACCAUCGUGCUCACUGUCGGCGCCGCUGUGUUUGCCCAAUACGAACGAUGGCACUACCUGGACGCCUUCUACUACUGCUUCAUCACCCUGACCACUAUCGGCUUCGGUGACUUUGUGGCCCUGCAACGCGAGGACUCCCUGGUAAAGCAACCCGACUACGUGGCCUUCAGCCUCAUUUUCAUCCUCUUCGGUCUCACUGUGGUCAGCUCCGCGAUGAACCUCCUAGUUCUGCGUUUCCUAACCAUGAAUACAGACGACGAGCGUCGGGAUGAACGGGAGGCCGCGGCACAGGCCCAGGAAUUUCGUCGUCUUCACGGGGAUGUUAUUCACUCCGUCAUUGGAAUGACGGGCCACAUAAUUCAGGCUGGGGAGGAAGUGAAAAUGCAGCCGCAGGCGCAAAAUCAUCCAACGGGGUCAGAAAAACUGAGGAAAUUCCUGCAGACCUCCUCUCCCAUCUAUCACGAUACGUCCGGAACUUUCCUUCAGCCCAACGAAGAAACCACUACCGCAUCCUCCCUCCUAACUCGCGUUGGCAGAUGCCUUCAGUGCAUGUUUAAAUGCCUGGGCAGACAGGGCCGACUGCGCCGAAACGGAGGCAGACGCAGCACGGAACUGGAGACAAAGAUCGCGAGGGAAAAACCCAUGGAGGCGGAGGAGGAGCGAGUAACAUUCAGUCUCUCCUUCUCCGAAUUCACAAAUGGCGACACUGAUGAGUACUCGCCCUGGGUAAGUCGAAACGGCGAUCAGAAAAAUAGGCCGACCAGACGUUCGUCACAGGAGAAUCUGUUGUAUGGACUCACCGGUGGUGAAUCCUCCCCUCCGGCCCUGCGAGAGGCUGAGUCUACCUGGAUGAGGAAUCUUUUUUCCGCUAAGGCGGGAGAAAUAUCUUGCAACCGACUAGAUAAAGCCUGCCACGAGGAGGCUAGUAUGCAUGUCAAAUGUCCCACUGCCCCUCGCUACCUGCAAUACUUCCCCUUCCGUCACGUGGAACCAGCCUGCAUCAUUGAGGGAUGCAAUCUUGAACGAAGAAAGCACUGCUACUGUCAGAGUCAGAAUUCAAGCGGUGAAGAGAUUGUCCAGGAGACUGUCUGUCCCGAUUCUACGACAUUCUAUAGCUGUCAGACAGAAAAGGCCGUCCAGCAUCAGCACAUGAAUCCAGUCCUAGCGGCUUCUGUGCUUCCGACUCUUCUUUCCCAUAAUCCAGCCGGAUUUGUGACGUCAGUUCAUCAGACUGCCGCGGCGCGGUCCGGUUUUCAGAACCGCACGACUGCGCUACACUACGGCUACUCUGCUACGAUUCCGGUGGGUUCCCUCACGCAGUUAAUAAUCUUCCGGACUAGGAGUUUGCCAAAUAUUCCAUCUCUGUCUGAUUUCCCUUACGCUGUACAUAGUGACGUGCGAAAAGAAUUUGGACUCGAACAUCAGUAUGAUAAGUUCUGUAAUUUAUCAACUUAUUCUUUGUGA